AUGUCGCUUGACAACGUCGACGCGGUGAACCUGUGCGGCGCGCUGUUGGUUCACCCUUCUGUAGAGAUGGUCUCAGUGAAGAAUAACCCCAAAAUCACCCUGCCGUCGACGCCACAUUUCUCUAGGCUGGUGAAGGGCAACCGCCGAAUUACGUGUCUGGAGCUUGAGGGAACCCUCCUGGGCGAAGCCGUCGUCCAGCGACUAGCGCGUGCCGCGGCAAGCAAUAAGAGUCUCCCCCCUUUCCCUUCUUCCCCCCAAGGCAAUGACGUCGGUUAA